AUGGAAUUAGCCAAUGCCACGAUGGAAUUAGCCAAUGCCACGAUGGAAUUAGCCAAUGCCACGAUGGAAUUAGCCAAUGCCACGAUGGAAUUAGCCAAUGCCACGAUGGAAUUAGCCAAUGCCACGAUGGAAUUAGCCAAUGCCACGAUGGAAUUAGCCAAUGCCACGAUGGAAUUAGCCAAUGCCACGAUGGAAUUAGCCAAUGCCACGAUGGAAUUAGCCAAUGCCACGAUGGAAUUAGCCAAUGCCACGAUGGAAUUAGCCAAUGCCACGAUGGAAUUAGCCAAUGCCACGAUGGAAUUAGCCAAUGCCACGAUGGAAUUAGCCAAUGCCACGAUGGAAUUAGCCAAUGCCACGAUGGAAUUAGCCAAUGCCACGAUGGAAUUAGCCAAUGCCACGAUGGAAUUAGCCAAUGCCACGAUGGAAUUAGCCAAUGCCACGAUGGAAUUAGCCAAUGCCACGAUGGAAUUAGCCAAUGCCACGAUGGAAUUAGCCAAUGCCACGAUGGAAUUAGCCAAUGCCACGAUGGAAUUAGCCAAUGCCACGAUGGAAUUAGCCAAUGCCACGAUGGAAUUAGCCAAUGCCACGAUGGAAUUAGCCAACGCCAUGAUGGAAUGA